AUGGCCAAGCGAAAGGGCGGGCCGGGCAGGAGCAAGCUCUCCGCUGAAGAUGGCAGAGCCGUCAUUGCCGCCCGCCUCCGCAAGGACAUGUCGGCAAUGUUCGAGCUUCCAACGGUUCCGCCGACAGUGCCGCCCGCGCCACAACCAGCCGCCUUCCGUGGGACCUUAUUUGCGUACCAGCGCCGAAGCCUCGCCCGCAUGCUGGAGAUCGAGGGCGGCACAACCUUCACCGUCCAAAUCGGGGUGCGCUCAGAGACGUUCGUGCCCAAGGGUGGCGUGGUCGCCGACACGGUCGGCAUGGGCAAGACGGCUCAGCUGAUCGCGCUCCUGCUGGCGCGGCCGCCGGCGCGCGACGACGGUUCAACCCUCGCCGCGCUCGUCCUCACGCCCGAGCACCUCUGCCACCAGUGGCGGUCGGAGCUCGCCAAGUUUGCGGGCGGCGCGCUCGGCGUGCAGAUGGUCACAAACAAGGAGGAGAUGGCGGCUCUCUCGCCUGGCGCGUGGUCGGGGCGAGGUGGCGGCACCGCGCGCGUCCUCAUCGCGAGUCUUGAGCACAUCUGCCGCAACUGCGACGUCUUCGACGAGCAGCUGGCGUUCGCGCACGCCCUCGCCUUCGACCGGCUCAUCCUCGAUGAGUGCCAUGACGCCGUGCUGCUCGACGGUGGCGCGAGCAUGGGCGUGCUGCUCCACCUGCAGCGGCGCGCGCGCCGCGUCUGGUGUGUCACGGGCACGCCCUUCCCGGAGGGCGACAGAUCCGUCUUCGGCCUGCACCAGCUGCUCGGCGUCAACGUCAACUUCGUGCUCAGCAACUCGCCAUUCCUCAAGGCCAACCGGCCGCUGCCGCCCUCCCACCCUUUCGAGCAGCUGAAGAAGCUCGUGUACCUGCGUAACACGCCCGCGUCGGUCGGCAGCGAGGUCGAGGGCUCGCGGCUCGUCGAGCAGGCGCCGCACGUGAUCGAGGUGGCCACGCUCCGCUUCGCGCCCAUCGAGCGCGGCUUCUACGACGAGGCAGCUCGCCGCGCCAACACGGAGCGCGGCGGCGACUCCUUCUCCGCGCGCUUCGACGCGCUGCGCCGGCUGUGCUGCCACCCAGCCGUGGCGGCCGGCUGGUCGGAGCGCCUCAGCAGCGAGGCCGAACAGCGGCGGCAGAGCGGCAUGCAGCUGCUCUCGCUGGACGAGAUGCGUUCGCGUAUGGUCUCGUGGAAGGCGGAGGAGAUUGGCCGGGCGCGCCAAGCGCUCCAGACGCACACACGCCAGGCGGCGGCGGCCUGCGCCGCGGCCAAGCUCGUGAUAGAGGCGUGCCCGCGCCUCGCCGACGCCCCGGGCGCUGAGCGCGCCCGCGAGAGGCGGCCUGCGGUGCGCCUCUGGCGGUGCAUCGACUACUACGGGCAGCGCGGCGCAUACCACGAGGAGCGGCUGUCGGGUGCGCGCGCAUGGGCGGCGUCGCUCGACGAGCAGAGCGCGCGAGCCUUUCUGCUGACGACGCACGACUGGCUCGCGACGAGCAACGAGGCGUCGAUCGCAGCCUCGCGGGAAAGGAUCUCGCGAGCCGAGCGCGAGCUUCGCUACUUCCAGGACGAGGUGAGUCGGCAGAUUGAGGCGUGCGGCAACGAGGGCGACGAGGGAGGCGGCACCUGCGUCAUCUGCAUGGACGUGCCGGAGGGCGAGGUUGGGGUGCUGCCGUGCGGCCACUGCCCGGGCUGCGCCGUGUGUGUGCGCUCGUGGGUCGCCCAGGCGGCGGCUUGCCCGACCUGCCGCCGCGCUGCCACGGUGGAGCAAAUCAGCUUCGUCGCGCUCGGUGCCGCCGCCGCCGCCCCCACCGCCGUCGCCGCCGCCGCCGCGACCGUCGCCUCGGCAGCGGUGCAUCCGGUCGAUCCGGACAAGGUGGAGCGCUGGGGCACGAAGCCGGCGGCGAUCAUCCAGCACCUGCAGGAGGUGCUAGGCGAGGCGGGGAGCCGCGCGAUCGUCUUCUCCGCCUUCGACGAGUGCCUCGCGCGCCUCGCGAUCACGUUCGCCGACGCGGGCGUGCGAGCCGUGCGGUGCGAGGGCGACGCCGCCGCGCGGCACGCGGCGAUCGCAGCCUUCUCCGACGUGAGCGCGGCCAACGGCCCGCGCGUCCUCCUGCUCAGCUCGAAGCACAAUGCAAGCGGGACCAACCUGCAGUGCGCCAACCACGUCCUCUUCGUCGAGCCGCCCGGCACCAACGCCACCCACGGCCUGUCUGUCGAGACGCAGGCGAUCGGGCGCACGCUCCGCCUUGGGCAGACGCGGCAGGUGCGCGUCAAGUACUUCAUCGUCGAGGACUCGAUCGAGCAGGACAUCUACGCUGCCCUGCAGCGCGUGCGCGACGCAGCAUCAACCACCGCGGCGCCCCCCGCCUCGUCUGGCCCUGCAGACUCGGCUGAGGCCGCGGAGCAGCUUUCAAUGGAUGCCUCCACGGCUGUCGCACACGCCACCGCCGCCGUCACACCCACCGCCGCCGUCGCCGGCGCCUACUCCAACAACACCGGCCCCGGCACACCGGCCGCUGUCGAGACCUCGGCCGCCUCCUCUGCGCGCGCAGCCACUUCAGUUUCCCCGCUGUCGUCAGAGGAGGACGAGCCGGACGUCAACCUGACGCAGCAGUCGUCUCGGACAAUGGAGGCGACGCUCGACAGCGAUCCCGAGGUCCAAGCCGUCCUGCUGCCCUCCCUCUGCUCGUGCCUCCGCUCCGAGCUUGGGCUGCACCAGGCAGACGACGCCGCCACGCUACAGCGCGCGUGCGAGGUCGUCGGCGUCCCGCAGGCGGGCACGCCGCUCCGCCGCGCGCGGGCUUGCCUGGAGGCGCUCUGUGGAGGGGAUUGGUGA